ACAUACAAAAAUAAAUACCAGAGUGUGGCUGCAGUGGUCCACACUACUCUCUGAGUUUCGCCAUGCUGCCCAAAGACGACAAGAAGAAGAAGGAUGCCGGAAAGUCGGCCAAAAAAGACAAGGACCCAGUAAAUAAAUCUGGUGGCAAGGCCAAAAAGAAGAAGUGGUCCAAAGGCAAAGUUCGGGACAAGCUGAACAAUCUCAUCCUGUUUGACAAAGCUACUUACGACAAACUUUGUAAGGAAGUUCCCAACUAUAAGCUUAUUACUCCAGCUGUGGUCUCCGAGAGACUGAAGAUUCGAGGUUCCUUGGCCAGGGCAGCCCUUCAGGAGCUACUUAGUAAAGGACUUAUCAAGCUGGUUUCAAAGCACAGAGCCCAAGUAAUUUACACCAGAAACACAAAGGGUGGAGAUGCCCCAGCUGCUGGUGAAGAUGCAUAAACAGAUUGAAUCAGCUGUACAUUUGGGAAAAUAAAACUUUAUUGAAUCAAAAAAAUAAAAAAUAAAAAAAAUAAAUAAA